CUGGAUUGGAGAGUUUGCAAUUCGUUUCACUAAUAGAUUCGUACAAGAAUUCCAUAUUCCAUUUUAUAUAUAUAUAUAUAUAUAUAUGUAUAUAUAAUAUAUAAUUAAAUAUAUAAAUAUAUAUAUAGUAUAUAUCUUAAUGUUGUUUCAUCAAUUUGGAUUUAUAUAAAGCUAUUGUAAUAAUUAUGUAAUGAUUAUUAAACAAUUAAGAUAAUAUACUGAUAAACCAAGCAACGUAUAUUGGUGAAUUAACGAUUUUUAAUAACCACGUGUUAAGAAAAAUUAGUGAUUCAUACCGAUUCAUUCAUUAAUUAACAUUAAGUGUUAGUGUUAAAAAAUGAAUUUAAAUUUAAUUGCAGCAACAUGUGAAGGAAUGGGUAUUGGUGUAAAAGGAACAUUACCAUGGAAACUCAAAAGUGAAUUGGCAUUUUUUACAUCUAUGACUAUGAAUACGAAAAACGCAAACAAAAGAAAUGUUGUACUGAUGGGACGUAGAACAUGGGAAUCUAUUCCAAAAGAACAUAAGCCUUUGAAAAAUCGAAUAAACAUUAUUUUAACAUCACAAUCUUUGGAUUAUGGGAAUGAUGUGAUUGUAUGUAAAAGUAUUCCACAUGCUUUUGAAGUUAUUGAAAAAAUUAAAGAUCGAAUUGAAAAUAUAUGGGUAAUGGGAGGAAGUUCCGUAUACAAGGCAGCAAUGGAAUCUCCAAAUUUUUAUCGAUUAUAUUUGACAAGAAUAAAAAAAUAUUUUGAGUGUGAUACAUUUUUUCCAACUAUCCCUAAUGAUUUUGUUUUAACAGAAGAUCCAAACAUACCACAAGGAAUUCAAGAAGAAAAUGAUAUACAAUUCGUAUAUGAAGUAUAUAAAAAACAAUAGAUUUUUCAUUUGGUUUCAAAAUAACAUUUUUCAAAUAUUAUAACAUUUUUAAUUUUACAAUAAAAAUAAUUAAUUAUAAACAA